AAUCGUAAAUAGUUUUGAACGUCUAAGCUAGUGGAUGUAACGUAGACCAAAUAUAGAAAAUUAUUGUAAAUGUUUAUUUAUUCCAUCAUCGUAUUCAAAUAGCUAUCGAAAUGUUUUCCAGUGGAUGUGUGUUAACAAUAUUGGUGCUUUAUUCAUGCUUUGAUUUUGCACAUCUAAGAAAAUCGGGCUACAAGGACAAUACGGAUCAUCAUUGGGACGUGCUAAUUUUUACUCAACGGUGGCCAACAACUGCGUGUGAGGACUGGAAAGAAAAGAGUCCUUCACAUAAAUGUACAAUGCCAAGCGUUCCAAAUUCGUUUUCUAUCCAUGGGGUUUGGCCGACAAAAUACAAUACUUUGGGACCCUUUUUCUGCAAUCGCUCUGCACAUUUUGAUCCUGACGCAGUUAAAUCCAUUGAAAUUGAACUAACAGAUGCAUGGACCAAUAUUGAAUAUGGCACAUCUACAUACUCCCUAUGGGCUCAUGAAUGGACCAAGCAUGGUACCUGUGCUGCCGAGGUACUCGAGAACUUCAAUACAGAACUUAAAUACUUCACCAGGGGCCUGGAAUUCUACAGAACCUACAAUUUAACUAACAUACUCGGUGAAGCAGACAUUGUACCAUCUGUGAACAAGGGUUAUGACGUAGUUGAUAUAGUUAAUGCAAUUAGGGUUCACCUUGGUGUGAAUCCAGUAGUGGAAUGCAGAAAAGAGAAAGGUAUAAGCAGCUUAUUCGAAAUACGUAUCUGUUUCACCAAGGAAUUGAAGCUUGUUGACUGUGAUGGUGUGGUACAUGGAACAAGUGACAAUGUACUCACAAACUGUGACCGAACCCAGAAAGUCCUAUUUUUGCCAUACAGUACCACCUCUGGUCUUGUACAGUGGUAUAAACUGAUAACUUGGUUGCAAUGGUUCACUCUAUAAUUUGUUUCUUUAAUUUGGAGAUGUAGUUUGCACAGCAAAACUGUUUACAGUUUGCCUGGCACAGCUACACUAGAAAGAACUGUUGCCUGCAGUAUUUCUGGACUGAUACAACCUUCAAAACUGCCUUCAAACUUUCAAGAAAAGAGCAGUAUGCUUCUUAAAGGCUGGCAACACACAACCCCUCUGGUGUUGUCCAAUGGCAACGGUAAUGGCUUACCAUCAGGCAAUUUGUCGGCUUGUUUUCCACCUAUAUCAUAAAAAAAGUCAUAGAUUCAGAGACUGAGGAACUGGAAGCCUAUGCAGUGCCAGGCACCUGGUAUGGGAGUCGAGCGAGGCUCACAGUUCCUUCCUCAUAGUUUGUGUGCGAACUGUACAUUUGUUUCAUGAUAAAUUGAAAUACAUAUCACUUUCUAAAUCCAAGGCAUCACAAAAACUGAAUCAUUAUCAUGUUUCAUGUCAAAUAAUUAUGAUAAACUUUCAGUUUAUGUUAGGUUUAAUGUUAUUUAUGUUAAAAGAUUAAUUUAAAUGUCGGAAGGUUAACAACAAUAUGACAAAUGCUGUUAUUUAUUAUUUUAUUUAUUUAUGUAAAUUGUAUUUUUUUUUUGUCAAACAUGAACUAUAAUCAAUAGCAGAGUACCUAUUUUUAGCUACAAAGAUAGAAUUGCACUUAUAAUUGCCAACUAAUACUCAUCUUAACUAAUCAAUUCAAACAGUCGAUUACUAAUUAGACAACAUAUUUCAAUUUAUUGCUGCAAAUGGCACAUUUUUGCAACAUAAAUUAUUAAUAGCAAACAUAAUUUAUGUCAUGUUUUAUGUUAUAGCUGAAGCUGAUAAACUGACUACAAUAAUCGUUAUAGAUUUUUAAGUAGUAUGUAAGAAUACUAGUCUGUUUAUAGAUUGUAUGGUUUUUCUGCUUCUUGCUUCAGGUGGUAUUCCACCACAAUGAGGGCUAUCGUUUUUUUGCUCACCAGUUGGCGCCUCUGUUGAUGGUGGUCCAAAAGACUAUAGAACAGCUGUCAGUCAUUGAAGUGACAAGUGACAUUUGACAUUUCGAACUAUGGAAAAGACCACCAUCUACACUAGCACCCCUAGCGGCGAAUUCAUACGCGUUAGCCCUCAUUAUGUAUUUGUUUAUUCUGGGACACUCCAAAUGGGUUAAUGUCUUUUUUUUUUUAAGUUAAAACGGCAAUUAACAUAAAUUAUUUAUUUCAAGUCUAAGAAGUUUGCAUUUACAACACUAGAGCAAGUGGUUCCAACUUUUUCAAUUCUGGUACCUGAAUGACCUACCUAUCAGAGAAACAGAUUUUACCCCAAAUUACCAACCUUGCAAACUACAGCACGCACAGCUGUUUUUGAACCCCCGCGGGGGUAAAUAAACGCAACAAAUUUUUGGUUUUCAAGGUCAUGUCGCUUUGCUACAGUCUCAUUUAAAUUAACACUGAAAUGAUUGUAAUAAUUCAAUAACUUUUGUCUAUUUUUAUUAAUAAUAAAUAAUUAUU